UUUAGAAACAAUUUUUUCCUUUAAUAAUGAAUCAUUAUUGAAUGCACGCAAAUUAGCAGAAGAGGAAAUAGUAGAUGAUGAAUUAUUUGAAAGUUUAAGUGAUGUUGAUGAUGAGUUACCAGAAAGUUUAAAUGAUUGCGAUAAAUCUAUAACAAGGUUAGAAGAUAUUUUAACAGAAACUGAGGAAACUUUAAUUCUAUCUAUAGAUAAUAAUAUGUCUUAA